AUGGACGCUGCCGUCAAUAUUCCAUUUGUGGUUGAUUCAGACGAUGAUGGAAUAGUCCCCCACGAACUAGAGAAAAUGAGGAGCAUAUUGGAAGAGUCGAUGCUGGAAACGCGCAGCAUGCCUCUCGAAAAUCGACAGCGACUUCCCCGCAUACCACUUAGCAUGCGAAAUCGGGCUGUCGUGCUGGCUCUUAACCCAAUGCUGGUGACCUAUUUGGAAGCCAGCCGGGACCUUUGCGAGACGGACUCAAUUCUUUUUGGCGCCGCAAUGGCAGUAUGCCGUAUUAUUGGCGCCAAACUUCCCAUAGCUGGACGUGCUACUCAUCAAGGUAGUGCCAUCCCAGCCUGGAGAAAAAGAAUCGAGGACCGUAUCGCAAAGGCAGGGGCCCUUAUCGGCAGACUGACAAGCUUCAGGUCGGGUAAUAUUAGACCGAGAGUUGUGCGCACCGUUAGAAUGGCGUUUGCUGGGACAAAUAUUAGUUUGUCCCAACCGGAUAUAGCGCAGAAACUAACGGAGCGCAUAGAUGACCUGAAGCAAAAAAUCGCUGCUUGGGGGAAGCGGAUUCGACGAUUUAGCGAGAGGUCAAGGCGGUUCAACCAAAAUCGUCUCUUCCAGAGUGAUCAGAAGAGGCUCUAUAAAUCAUUGGAGCGACCAGAGGUAUGUGGAGCGGGCCCAGGACCGGAUCAGGCUGACACUGUCGCAUUUUGGCGUGGCCUGUGGUCAGAGCCCGUAAACCACAGCGAGGGCCCUUGGAUGGAAGUUGUGGCGAGCCAGAGUGCAAGUGUUACGCCUAUGGACAUCGUCACCAUAACGCCUGAAGACGUGGCUGAGGCGGUCCGUAGAGCCCCGAACUGGAAAAGUCCGGGGCUCGACGGGCUGCAUCAUUACUGGCUGAAGGGGUUCGAAGCUACGGCUGAGGAUGCGGCGCCACAAAUUGCAGAGCAACCCACAAAAGUGGAUGCCGCCGUGAAUACCCCAGUUGUAGUUGAACUGGAAUUAGAGGAUAUGAGGAGUAUAUUGGAAGUGGCGAUUGUGGAAACGCGUAGUACGCCUCUCGAAAAUGGACCGCUACUUCCCCGCAUAGCCCUAAGCAAGCGAAAUCAGGCUGUCGUGAGAGCUCUAAACCCAAUGCUGGUGACCUAUUUGGAAGCCAGCCGGGACCUUUGCGAGGCGAACUCAAUUCUUUUUGGCGCAGCACUGGCAGUAUGCCGUAUUAUAGACGCCAAACAUUCCACGGCUGGACGCGCUAAUGGACAAAGUAGUGCUAUCCCAGCUUGGAGAAUAAGAAUUGAAGAACGUGUCGCAAAGGCUAGGGCCCUCAUCGGCAGACUGAUAUACUUCAGGUCAGGCAACAACAGGCCAAGGAUUGUGCGCACCGUCAGGAUGGCAUUUGCUGGGCCAAAUGUUAGUUUGUCCCAGCCGGAUAUAAUGCAAAAACUGACGGAGCGCAUAGACCACCUGAAGAAGAGAAUCGCUGCUUGGGGAAAGCGGAUUCGGCGAUAUACCAAGAGGUCGACACGGUUCAACCAGAAUCGUCUCUUCCAGAGUCAUCAGAAGAGGCUCUAUAAAUCAUUGGAGCGACCAAUGGUAAGUGGAACGGGCUCAGCACUGAAUCAGGCCGACACUGUCGCAUUCUGGCGCGACCUGUGGUCAGAGCCCGUAAACCACAGCGAGGGCCCUUGGACGGAAGUUGUGGCGGGUCAGUGUGCGAGUAUUACGCCCAUGAACCCCGUCAUCAUAACGCCGUAUGACGUAGCUGAGGCGGUCCGUAGAGCCCCGAACUGGAAAAGUCCGGGACUCGACGGGUUGUAUCACUACUGGCUUAAGGGGUUCAUGGUGUGUCACGCUGUGCUCGCCCGUCAGUUUUAA